AUCCUAAUAUGGAAUUCAGCAGGAAACCCAUGAUUUCCUGACACACAGCAAGCUGGGGAAAGAAAGGAAAAACUCCAUUAAAAACCUCUAGCUUUCCUCCAUGUUAGAAAUGCAAUGGAAAAUGGAGUGGAUUUAAACAGGAAUCCCUCUGCCCAAGCCGGAGAGGGAAAGAAGAACUUCACAGCCUCCGACUGCUGACGUUUUUCAAGUCGCAAUAAAUAGCAAAAUCUCAGGGUCAGCAUGAGGAUUUCCUGACUCCAGCUAACAAGAGAGGACAAUCCUUUUUAUUUUUAAUUAAUAUAUCUAUGAAUAUUUAAUGUAGUUAUCUCAAUGGUUCUAAUUACUGAUCGGGGCACUGUUAGAGGCGGCUCUCCUAGCCUGGAAACAUUAGUAUGAUUUCCUGAGUUUGAGAACCCCCCCCCAAACUCAGGAACAGUCAGUACAAUCACACUUCAUUUUUCCUUCAUGUGCACUUGGAAGUAUCAGCAGCCGCAGCCGGAGCAGAAGCAGCAAGAAUGAACUGCAAGGAGGAAGAUGAGAACAGCACGAAUGGCAGCAGCGAUAACAGGAAAAAGAUGUUAAAGUGCGUGGUGGUUGGGGAUGGUGCAGUGGGGAAAACCUGCUUGUUAAUGAGUUAUGCCAACGAUGCCUUCCCAGAAGAGUAUGUGCCUACCGUCUUUGACCACUAUGCAGUAACUGUGACUGUCGGAGGAAAGCAGCACUUGCUGGGACUAUAUGAUACCGCAGGACAGGAGGACUACAACCAACUGAGGCCUCUGUCCUACCCCCACACAGAUGUAUUCUUGAUCUGCUUCUCAGUGGUGAACCCUGCUUCUUACCACAACGUCCAAGAAGAGUGGGUGCCUGAACUGAAAGACUGCAUGCCUGAUGUGCCUUACGUGCUCAUAGGAACACAGAUUGACCUUCGUGAUGACCCCAAAACUUUGGCUCGACUGCUCUAUAUGAAGGAGAAACCCCUCACUUACGAACACGGAGUGAAGCUAGCUAAAGAGAUUGGAGCACAGUGUUACUUGGAAUGCUCAGCCUUGACACAGAAAGGUCUUAAAACAGUCUUCGAUGAAGCAAUCCUCACCAUUUUUAACCCAAAGAAGAAGAAAAAACACUGCAUGAAGUGCCAUGGCUGCUGCACAGUUGUAUGAGGUCACUUGAGAAGCAAAGCAAGACAAUGCUGAUGUUCAGUUAAACCACGCAGGCUAGACUGUUAACGAGCGGCGCACGCAACUUUAAUGGGGAACAUGACCAGAAAGGAGUCCUAUUUAAUCAUAUAGGAUUCCUCCAUUCUGUGAAACCUCCAAGCUGUACCAUGGUAGGCCAACUAAUGUUUAUUUGCUUUCCUAACCCUACGGAGCUAUCUGCAGCCUGUUCCCACAUUAUGCUAGACUGCACUGAGCCAGUAUGAAACAUGAUGCCUGCUAACGGCCAGCUCUAUGAAUAAGAUGAAGGUCCUGUGUGUAAAAUUUGAAAGACGCUAUAAUGGAACCAAAAGAACCUUCAUUUGAGGCCUUAAACACGAGUUGAUCAAAAGUAUGAAGCUACAAUAUGUAGGAAUUGAAUAUGAAUGGAUCAAAAGCACACAAAGUUCUUUCAAGGUCUAAUAUGCAAGAUAUACAUUACGAGCAGGAUAUACUUUCAAAUAACUUUUCUUUAUAGAAAUAUAGGAUGGGGGGGAGGGGACUUCCCAGGCCCCUAAGUCCAGACCAAUAUAAGACAUUUGUUAAUUUCAGGAUAUACUUUACUUUGUCUACAUAAAUGAAAACAUUGCUUUCAUGUUAACAUAGUCGAUAUCAAUCUGUCACUGCACUUGGACUAUCAGAAUUGAUCAACAUUUACCUCCAGACUUAAGGAAUGUUCUUUUUAUUAAAAAAAAAUGCAGAUAACUGUAUUCAUGGAAAUGUACAGGCUGAGCCAUCUUUUCAAAAGCUGGGAGAGGGGAAACAAUAUUAGUGAAAAACAUGAAAACAAAGAAAUUGUGUUACCAAAGAAUAUCGUAAUAGGUGUGAGGUAUCAGCGUGGAAGCAAACUCAGAAUGUUAAAGGGUUGCAUUUGUAAAUGCAGUUGUCCAUUUACUGUAUAGGCCAGGUUGAUUUCCACACCUCCCCCAGCAAAUGAAAACAAAAACAGACAAUGCCAAAGCUCACGUUGAUUUUAAGUGCUUUACAAUGAUCCAAUUGCCUUAUAUGAAAUACCUUUCUCAAAAUGCUCCCAUGGAAAGUAAUUAACUCGAAUGGAGUUUCAAGCAUGUCUUAAUGGUAGUCGUCUCUCUGCUAUUCACUGUUUUGAGGGGUUGCUGGGGGUUUUUUCCUCCCAUGCUCAUUAUUCUCCAUGCAACAUUUAAGAUAUAGUGUGGGUCUGAUACUCAGGAACUUUCUUUCAUGCAGUUUGCAGAAUGAUGUGCUGCAGCAUGUAGUACUGAAACAGGAAACCUAAAUCUUAAGGGAAUGAAAGCUGACAAUAAGCAUUCUCUGCUGUUGAAUAAAGCGUGCCUUUUCACU